CCCGAACCCAUACCCGCCUCUGAAAUUCCCCUCCGCCGCCGUUCGAUUCCUCACCGUAACCCUCAAUUCGAAGCUCUUCUUCUCACCUACCCGACUGAAGUACAAAACGCUGGGCCGCGCCUCCACCGUCAACCCCGGCGGCGGCUUCCCGCCGAAGAAGUACGCCGCCUUCCCGGCGCCACCCACGUUCGUCACCGUUCUCCUCACGGUGGCGCUCCCGUUCAAUUUCGGCACGGAGACGGACGGGUAAUUGAGGUCGUACGUCGGCGGCAACACUUCCGGGCACUCGAAUCGCUUGUCGGCGUUUCUCAACCCGUAGCUGCAGAGGUAGAGCAGGUAGUCCCCGUACGACGCGUCGUAUACCAAACCCGGGUCCGCUGCUCUCGACGGGCGGAAGUGACCCGACCCGAAUUCGAACGGCGUCGCUUUGUCGCCCGAUUGAUCGGUUAUUGCCUCCCCCUUUUUGUUCUUUACCGACGCUGCACAUUAGCCCAAAAACCACAUAGAAAACUAUCUUAUGGCGGCAGAGCUCCAAGUGGGAUGUAUAGCUUUGAUAAGCGCGGCCAAGCCAGCAACGUGAGGGCACGACAUUGACGUCCCUGAGUCAAAAUUGUAACUCACAACUCGAUGAUCUUCAGAAACUUUACUGGGUGGAGAUGCUUCACUCCAUGCCGCCAGUAUAUUCAAUCCAGGAGCUGUAAUAUCCGGCUGUGCAAGAAAGAACAAAAAUG